AUGUCUGACGUACAGUCUAGACCUGCGCGCGGCAGGAGUUCCGCUCGCGGCGGUAGAGGAGGCCAUGCCUCGCGAGGACCGCGAUCAAACAAACAGACAAACGGCGACGGCGCCAUCGACACAUCGGCAGACCAGGGUCAGCUGGGCGAGCUCAAGAAGCGAUAUUCAUCGCAAUUGACCACCCUGAAAGAACUCUUCCCCGACUGGGCUGAUGUAGAUCUGGUCCUAGCUUUAGAAGAAUCUGAUGGCGACCUUGCCUCGACCAUCGAGAAGAUCACCGAGGGACAUGUCUCCCAAUUCGCUGAGGUCAAGAAGGCCAACGACCGAUCUCGCUCCAAGGUGAAGGAUACGACUGCCACAAACGAAAGUGGCUCGACUAUUCGCGGAGGUAGUGGUCGAGCUCGCGGAGGCGAUAGCAUUCGUGGUCGAGGACGCGGCACAGACCGUGGUCGAGGAGGGUUCCGUGGCCGUGGUGGAGCAGCUUCUAAUGGAACACGCACCGGUGGAGCAGCUGGAGCGACUUCAGUCCCUACUACUGAGUCGAACGCUUGGGAUGUGCCCGCUGCCACGGAAGCAAAAGAAGAUGCACAGUUCAAAGCCACCGAGGCUCCUACUACGAAGACACAUACGUCCAAGACUGCAGCCCCCGCAACCCCCGCCGCGAAGACGUGGGCCAGCAUGUUCGCUACAGUUCCGAAGCCUGCGGUUCCGAAGCCAGUCGCGAAGCCAGCGCCGCCCCCAGAAGAGCCCGCACCCGCCCCUGCAGAGGUACCUGAAGUCGCACAGGAACAAACGGUCGAAGCAGCCGAAUUGCCCCCACCUCCAGUUGCGGACGAAGUUACUAACGAGCCGCCGAUUACUGCCGAAGAGAUGUCGAAACUGACACCCGAUAACGAGGCUGGACCCGAGCUUACCCUCACUCCAUCAAAGGAUGAGCUGACCAAAGACAAUAUCGAACAUCUGCCCGAUGAUACGCACGGUCCGCCCACAGAGACUGUCGCCAGCACGGUUGCUAGCUCGAAGGAUAUUGGAAGUCUUGCAAGUGUCGCAACCCCCUUGAGCGCAGGCGGCCAAGCACCUAUUGGUCGUCCCGGCAUUGGGGGAUACCAAACGACUGCACUGAAAGCCACUUCGGGUGCGCAUCGCAGCACUAGUUUCCAGCGGAGGCUUUUGGAACAGCAAGAGGCGGUUGUUAUGCCUGGAAACCACGCGGUGAAUCAGGCAGCAGUCCAAUUCGGCAGCUUGGGCUUGAAUGGCGAUCCUGCCGAGGACCUCGAUGUCGAUGAAGAUAGGGAAGAUGCGGAGACACGGACUCAGCCGCCACAACAUUCGCCGGUUGCGCAACCAAGGGCAGCUCUUCCUCCUGCUCCACGUCAAGCGUCCGCCGCCGACUCGCAGCCUCAAGAGUCGAUCCCUACACCCAAGCAGGCUCCUGGUUUGCCUCCUGUGCCUCAGCAGCCGCUGUCGCAACAAUCCCCAUCAAACCCUCUCGCAUCCCAGGCAAUGCAGAACCAAGGCUCGCAAAGCCAGCAGCCUUACAACCAGUUCGGUCGCUAUGGGCAGGCGGAGACCGCGGCACCCCCGCAGAAGCCCUAUGGUCCAUUCGGGCAGCAAGCGCCGCAGUCCAGCCAGUACGACUACUCCGGUCAACAACAGGCUCAGCAGCAGCCAUCUCAGACUCAGAUUGGUGGGUUCUCAUCUGCCCCGGAGGUCUUUGGGUCUCAAUACCCCACCUCCGAACAACAACGCUCUGCCGCAUACCAGCAAUAUUACGGCAGCUAUGCUCAACAGGGAACCCCAAGCCAGCAAGAAGCUGGCGUUGCUCAACAGCGUACUGGCAGUGCAUUCGGUGCGGGUCCUACCGAUUCAGCCUUCUCUCAGAGUCAAUCUCAACAGCAGUCGCAGUCUCGAUACAACGAGGCACAGAAUAGCGGCCACAACACCCCCAACCCGGCGUUGGGCGGUCAGCACCCAAGCGGCCCUACGUCGCAGCAGCAGGGUCAGCACAUGCAGCAACCCCAUGGUCAGCCGGGACACGCGGGCAGCUAUCCUUACACUCAUCCGUACUAUGCAUCGAACCCAUACUACGCCAACUACGCCAGCCAAUAUGGCGGCUACGGUCAAGGUGGGUACGCAAACUUCGGAAAGAGCAUGUAUGGUCAAUCGCAUCACUACGGUGGAAUGCCUCCCCAGGGUUCCUUCGAUCAACACUCGUCUUCUCCAGCUAAUGUUGGCGCUUUCGGUGGCUCCUCUAUCCACGGCCGCGACUCUGGGCUAGGAGGAGGGCUGGGAGACUACGGCAGGUCUGUGUCAGGUGCUGGACAGAAUCAGCACAAUGCCACGGCUGGUUCUAGCGCUUUUGGCGGCAUUCCGGAUUCAUAUCGCCAGCCUCAGGGUGGUUACGGAGGCCAAAGCUCCUACGGCCAACAACAGAUCGGUCAGCAAGGCCCCAAUGAAGACUCUCUCAAGCCAUUCGGUGACAGCAAAAGCGGCGGACCUAGCCCUUCUGCCCUCGGGGCACAACCCGGUCGCCCCGGGUCCGCCACGAACAACCCUCAAAGCCAGGGCAGCCAGAGCGGACUUCCCCAGCAACAGGGGUUCGGUGGCUACCCGGGCCACCUUAACCAGCUGCAGGGCGGUCAGGGUAAUCAGUACGGCGGUCUUGGUGGAUUGGGGCACCAGGGCGCCGGUAGCCAUCAAAACAACUUUGGGCAAUACGGUGGAUUUGGUGGCUAUGGGUCGUACAACCGCGGCGGCUGGGGCACGAACUAUCAACAACACUAG